GCGGCGGCGGCCGCCCAGCAGCCCGGGCGCGGGUGGGGGGGCGCCGAGUGGGGGCGGCGGCCAGCAUGCUGCUCGGCUGCGGCUCGGCCUCCCACACCCGCGGCGGCCUCGUCCUCACCAGCAGCGGCGGCGGCGGCGGCGGAGCAGCGAGCGGCGCGCGCGUCUGCAGCGGCGCAGGGUCCGAGCGCGCGGCCCGGCGGCGGGGGUCGCGGCCGGGGCGGGGCCCGGGCACCCGGCAUGGCGCUGCGGAGGGGCGGCGGCUGGGCGCUGGGGCUGCUGCUCUUGCUGGGCGCCGCGUGUCUGAUCCCGCGGAGCGCGCAGGUGAGGCGGCUGGCGCGCUGUCCCGCCACUUGCAGCUGUACCAAGGAGUCCAUCAUCUGCGUGGGCUCCUCCUGGGUGCCCAGGAUCGUGCCGGGCGACAUCAGCUCCCUGAGCCUGGUAAAUGGGACAUUUUCGGAAAUCAAGGACCGAAUGUUUUCACAUCUGCCUUCUUUGCAGCUGCUACUGCUGAAUUCUAACUCAUUUACAGUCAUCCGGGAUGAUGCUUUUGCUGGACUUUUUCAUCUUGAAUACCUGUUCAUUGAAGGGAACAAAAUAGAAACCAUUUCAAGAAAUGCCUUUCGUGGCCUCCGUGACCUCACUCACCUUUCUUUGGCCAAUAACCACAUAAAAGCACUCCCAAGGGAUGUCUUCAGUGAUUUAGACUCUCUGAUUGAACUAGAUUUACGGGGCAAUAAAUUUGAAUGUGACUGCAAAGCCAAGUGGCUGUAUCUGUGGUUGAAAAUGACAAAUUCUACCGUUUCUGAUGUGCUGUGUAUCGGUCCACCAGAGUAUCAGGAAAAGAAGCUAAACGAUGUGCCGAGCUUUGACUACGAAUGCACAACUACAGAUUUUGUUGUUCAUCAGACUUUGCCCUACCAGUCAGUUUCGGUGGAUACUUUCAACUCCAAGAAUGAUGUGUACGUGGCCAUCGCUCAGCCCAGCAUGGAGAACUGCAUGGUGCUGGAGUGGGACCACAUCGAAAUGAAUUUCCGGAGCUAUGACAAUAUUACAGGUCAGUCCGUCGUGGGCUGUAAGGCCAUCCUCAUCGACGACCAGGUUUUCGUGGUGGUGGCCCAGCUCUUCGGGGGCUCUCACAUUUACAAAUACGACGAGAGCUGGACCAAGUUUGUCAAAUUCCAAGACAUAGAAGUCUCUCGCAUUUCCAAGCCCAACGACAUUGAGCUGUUUCAGAUCGAGGACGAGACGUUCUUCGUCAUCGCAGACAGCUCUAAAGCUGGCCUGUCAACAGUUUACAAAUGGAACAGCAAAGGAUUCUACUCAUACCAGUCUCUGCACGAGUGGUUCAGGGACACAGAUGCAGAGUUCGUUGAUAUAGAUGGGAAAUCGCAUCUGAUCCUGUCUAGCCGCUCCCAGGUGCCCAUUGUCCUCCAGUGGAGUAAAAGCUCUAAGAAGUUUGUCCCCCACAGUGACAUCCCCCACAUGGAGGACGUGCUGGCUGUGAAGAGCUUUAGAAUGCAGAAUGCCCUCUACCUCUCCCUCACCCGCUUCAUUGGGGACUCCAGGGUCAUGCGGUGGGAUAGUAAGCAGUUUGUAGAGGUCCAGGCGCUUCCAUCCCGGGGGGCCAUGACCCUACAGCCCUUUUCUUUUAAAGAUAAUCACUACCUGGCCCUGGGGAGUGACUACACAUUCUCCCAGAUAUACCAGUGGGAUAAAGAGAAGCAGCUGUUUAAAAAAUUUAAGGAGAUUUAUGUGCAGGCACCUCGUUCCUUCACAGCUGUCUCCACUGACAGGAGAGAUUUCUUCUUUGCAUCGAGUUUCAAAGGGAAAACAAAGAUUUUUGAACACAUAGUCGUUGAUUUAAGUUUGUGAAGGUGUGUUUGGUGAAUUUAAAAGACACAUAGCGCUAGCCUCAUGUGAGAGAACCAAGGAAAGAAUAUAAAGAGAAGCCAAGUUCAGAGCCCUGAAGUUUAAAAUGCUCUAGGGAAAUAGUUAGAAGUUGUCAAAACUUUAGAGCUCACAUUUUAAUCAGGGAUUGCAUUUAUUGGCUAACUGCAUGACAUGUCUGUUCUCCCAUUUAAAAAGACAUCUUGAAGCCUGUAAUUACUGAGAAAAGAGUACAGUAUUAACUCUCACCAUCUAGGAAAGUAAUGUGCUUUUUUUUUUUUUAAAUGAGGAAGGAGAAAAUCAGACAAGGUGGGACAGCUCCUAUAAUGAAAAACAAACAAACUAUGGGCCCUCUCAUUCCAUUUUAGCAAUCUUUUUGGUAAAAACACUUAAAGCAAAGUCAGCUGAAAAGAUUUGCUGAUUGAUUUAAAAACCUGGUAACACUCGGCAGUGCUAUUUGGGGCCUCCUGAAUCCCCCUUAAUACAGAAUCUUGGCUAUUUCAUUGGCUCACCUGGAUGUUUGUCACAGGGUGUCACAAAAUCAUGUUUGACAUUGCUUCCUGUGCCACAAAGAAAGUACUCUGCUGACACAUGGCUAGGCCCAGCAUGGGCUGUAGGCCCAGGACUGAGAUAAAGGCAUUUUCCCCUCUUCCUUCUGGUUCAAAGCUGACCCUCGUGGUGGCCAGAGCAAUAUUGCUUGUUUGAUGCCCCCCAUGACUUGCCUGCUUCUCUGAACCCAUCCUUUGAGUUUGUGAGUAACCAGCAGAUAGGCCAAAGACUGAAUGGUGCUUUCUAGUCCAUCCUUUAGAGCAAUAGAACAGGUGUCUCCAUCUGAUGAGCAUUUAGUAGAAUUUCUGAAGGUUUUGCAGUCAAAAGGACUUUAUGCAAGUCUCAGUGUACCUUAAAACCUAGAGAUGGCUCUUUGAUUUAUGCAUGUGUUUGCCCUCUGGGCAAGUUGAUGUUUCUAGUAAUUGAGCACCGACCUACCUAUGUGUCCCCCUCUCUGCUCAUAUGACAGUCCUGCUUUGUUGAUUUGCUGGUAUUGCUGCUGCAGCACCAAAUUAUUGAACCCAGGGUACCAAAGAGAGCAAUGCUCCUUCCCCUCCAGUACUUCAGUAAUGGAAACCCCCCAGGGGCCUGCAUGCUCGCCUGGGGCCACAUAUUGGCAGGGGGGCGGGGGUGGUUCAUCACAGGCUGGGGGUCUCAGGUUGAGCAGUAGGGACCAGCUUUGGAGCCAGACACAGUGAAUCCCCCAGACCAGGUCUGCCCUCGGGGGCCCAGACGGCCUGUUUCAAAAUGAGCCUCUGGUGUGGAGCAUCAGGAAGCUCGUGGGUUCUGGCUGGUGGGAAGGUCCAGAUGGGUGCUUUGCCCGGUUAGCCGGUUCUCUUGAGAGAAAACGAAGCGGAUGUCAGGAGAGGCUCUGAACGAGUAAGCCAACAACUUCGCUUGUAGCCACACAGGUAGCUCAGUCACAUUGUACUGUAUUCUUAUUUUUUAAUGGUUGUUUGCCAAGUCUUUGAGUAGGCAGAUGUUUCACCACAGAUAAGAAUGUGUUGUUUCUUGACUUUAAGUGAUGCAGAUGGAGCCAAUAAACAGCAGCGCUCUUGGUACCUUCUGGGUUUGCAGGCUGAGGGCCUGGGGCUUUUCGCGAGCUAAUGCCCACGCGCAGUAGCGUUGCUUCUUGCGGCCUUCCUACGGGGCACCGACCCAACGGGAGAAAAGUGGUUUGCUUUCGUUUUUCAUGCACAAAAUCACUCUUCUGCAUUCUUUGCCUUCCUGGUGUAUUCACAUUGACUACCAGUGCCCAGUUCCCCACAUCGGAGGCUGAAAGCAGGGCAGCUCUGCUACGGGGAACCCCUCAGACAAGCCGGGACAGAAAAAUGGGCCCUUUUUUUGCUGAUGAUUAGUUUAAAAACCUGGCAACAUUUGGCAGUGUUAAAAAAGUACGCACCCCCACCCCUGGACAGCAGGGCAGACGUUUGGACAGUCCCAGCUCUUGUGCCAGGCGGAAAUGGUGUUCCCGAUUCCCGCCGCUUGUAGGGAAGGCACCUGGGGCUUCUUUUCACGGCGCUGCCUCCUCGGAGCAGUGAACCCACUGCCCGGCUUCACCUCCGAGGGUGCAGUUCGGCGCUGACCGGGCAUCCACGGUGCUGGCGACCCCUGCCGGGAAUCUGGACAGCCAGGAAGCCCAGCGUGUGGGCUGGGGAGGGGCUCGCUGGGUCCAGAGACACCGGAGGCAGAAGGAAAGACCUGAAGACACUGACGGCGGGGGGCUGGGGAUGAAGGCGGCAGCGUGGGUUAUCCACUCAGCUGCCAUCAGCUUCUCUUCUUAAAAAAAUUUAAACAGGUGAGUCUGCAAUCUACAGAAUCCCCGUGCUGAGGGAGGAAGUAUUUGUUCUGGUCGACUUAAGAAAGAAGCGUAGAUGUUAUUGGUGCGCGGUGGUGGAAACUUUGCUUCAUUCGUCUUACUGCUGUAGCCCAAGAAUCCCUCGUUUUAAACAAUUUCUGCAAGAAGCUUUUUCCCAGUAAUCAUGUAACACAGAAAACCAAACAGCAACAACAAAAAGCCACAGCUGAGAGACACGGACCGUCCGCGUGAUUUGGGUGGGUCUGCCCGUGCCACUUCAUUGCUUCUCUCACCCAGUCGAUUAACUAUCUUCUCAGCUUGUUUCUUCUUCAUCGUCUCUGUGGCGAGUCUCCCAUACUGAGCCCUCCACGUAGCCAUGUGUCCACACCACACAGCCUUAAAGCAAGGACUUGCCCCUAAACUCCAUGGGACCAAGAGUAGAUCUCUUAGGAAGACUCUAGAAACAAGCCUUAGGUAUGUUCUUGGGCAAUAGAUAAGACCACCCUGCAUUUGACAAAGCUUUAUAUUUCUUCAGUGUAGUUUGUGUUUAUCUCACCUGUUCAUAAAUAGUUCUUCAGUUUAUUGGUAGG